GAAUGCGGAAACGGAUGACGUGUUUCGCUGCACAUCACCGUUGCCUGAAAGUAUCUUGCAAAAGCUGAAUGCGAAUACUUAUGAAUCGGUGAUUAAACCCUGUAAGCCACGAUUAUUUUGCUUUUAUAUGGAACAACAUGUGGAACGACUAAUACAGCAGUACCAGGAGCGACAACAGCGUGCCAGACAGGCUCGUUGCUUUUUCGAUACGGUUUUGCAAAAAAUGAACAAGAAUAUGUUUGAAGUUGUGAAGCAUAUUGGUUUUGGAGCAUUUGGGCGCGUCUCCCUUGUCAAAAAGAAGGAUACCGGUCAAGUGUAUGCGAUGAAGAAGUUGCUGAAGAAAGAUGUGAUUAUGAAGCAACAGGCAGCACAUGUGAAGGCUGAACGAGACAUUCUAGCAGAAGCGGAUAGUAAAUGGAUCGUUAAACUGUAUUUUUCGUUCCAGGUUUACUUUUCAGCAUUUUGCUUUACUGCCUUAUGGAGACGUUUCCAGGAUGAACAGUCACUAUAUCUGAUAAUGGAAUAUGUGCCCGGUGGUGAUAUGAUGCAGCUUCUUAUAAAUAAAGGAGUUUUCUGUGAAAAACUGGCUAGGUAG